AUGAGAGGAGCUUCCUAUUCCCAGAAAUCCCAGUCACUGCAGGUGAGCGGCUCUCGUAGCAGUACGCGGGUCCAGAGCCCCUCUCCCUCCCGGUGUCGCGGUUCCUCGUACAACAACCGUGGACGGUCCGGGCACCAGGGCGGGAAUUUGUCAUCCGCCGUGGAAAUCGGCACAGAGAUACACCAGCAGCAUGCCAACGAGAAGGAGGAGAUGCAGGAGCUGAACGUGAGGUUCGCCGGCUACAUCGAGAAGGUUCAGGCCCUUGAACAGAGGAACGCCCAGCUGACUGCAGAGCUCGCCUCCCUACAGGGCCGCUUCAAGGGAGGCCCCACCGGCAUCGGAGAAGAGUAUGAACUCAAGUUCAAGGAGAUGAGGGAGCUGAUUGAAGCUUUGACCAAUGAGAAGGGAGCUGCUGAUAUCGAGAGGGGAUACAUUGAGGAGGAGGUGGAGGUGUGGAGGCUGAAACUGGAAGAGGAGCUGUCACUGAAAGAGGAGGCAGAGAUGAUCCUGAGGGAGUUCCGUCAAGACGUAGACAAUGCCACCCUGCAGAAGGCGGAGCUUGAAAAGCGUGUCGAACAGCUGGUGGCCGAGAUCGAGUUCCUCAAGAAGCUUCACGACGAGGAAGUCGCCGACCUCAUGAAGCAGAUCGAGGACUCCAAGGUGACUGCGGAAAUUGACGGUGACCGUCCAGACCUGGCCGCAUAUCUGCGCAACAUGCGUGCCGAGAUCGAGGCUGUGGCGGCCAAAAACGUACAGGAAGCCGAGAAGUGGUACAAGGGCAAGUUUGAAAACCUCAAAGAGGUUGCCGGCAAGAAAGAAGAGCAGAUGAAGUCGAUUAAAGAAGAGAUCACCACUUUCCACAACCAGGUGACAGACCUCCAGAACCAGAUUGAUGGGCUGAGGGCACGCAACAUGGCCCUGGAGCAGCAGCUGGAGGACAUGGAGAUGGCCCACAUGGAUAAGGUUGGAGGCCUGGAGGGCAUCAUUGCCCAGCUGGAAAACCAACUCUGCGAGACCAAGCUGGAGAUGGGCAAGUACCUGGCUGACUACCAGGAGCUGCUGCAUAUCAAGCUGAAGCUGGAUGCUGAGAUAGCCGUCUACAGGAAGCUGCUGGAGGGAGAAGAGAGCAGACUGGGGAUCUCGGCAGGGAAAGAGCCAGAAGUUUAAGGUGGGUUGAUCACCGAUGGAUGGGUAACUGAGGUGUCCUCAAAGUCUAAGUGAUGCUUUGAUGUAGAGAAUGAGUUACAGUGAAAGUUGUGUGACUGACUGGAUGGCUUUAUGGCUCAUUGUGAUGCUAAGGCUUAAAGGAAAAUGUGUUGACAUCAGAAAAUGAUUUGAAUAUUUACUUGCAACACUAAAGCACAGUUCACACUUUCAAUACUGCAUAACUGAAACAUUUAUUAUAUUUGUAGGUGUCCAAAUAUAAUUUGAGACAGAGAACUUCAAAUAAAAAAAAGGUACCCACCUUAUUUAUAAUUUCCAGUCAUUUUCAAUUGUGCUGUGUAUCACUCAGGCUAUGUACCCUGAUUCAAUCCUCCAUAUGAAACCUACUUCUCCAUGUAGGAGCGGUCAGAGAGGACCACCUCAGUGUGGAGACCCACACAGCU